UGGAGGAAGUGACUCCGGGCAGAGGCGCCACGUGGGCAAAGGUGACGGCCAUGUCGGUGCGGGUGCGUUUCCUGUCCCCAGGGGACGCAGGGGCCGUGGGGGUCGUGGGCCGCAGCGCUUCCUUCGCGGGCUUCAGCAGCGCACAGAGCCGGAGGAUCGCAAAGUCCAUCAACAGGAACUCCGUGAGGUCACGAAUGCCUGUAAAAUCCUCCAAGACGUACGGCACGCUGCGGAAGGGGUCGGUGUGCUCGGACCCCAAGCCCCAGCAGGUGAAGAAGAUCUUUGAGGCGCUGAAGAGAGGCCUCAAGGAAUACCUGUGUGUCCAGCAGGCUGAGCUCGAUUACCUGUCUGGACGCCACAAGGACACCCGGCGGAAUUCCAGGCUGGCUUUCUAUUACGACCUGGACAAGAAGCAAACGCGCUCUGUGGAAAGGCACAUUCGGAAGAUGGAGUUUCACAUCAGCAAGGUGGACGAGCUCUACGAAGGCUACUGCGUCCAGUGCCGCCUGCGUGACGGCGCCUGCAACAUGCAGCAGGCCUUCUCCAGGUGCCCGCCCAGCCGCGCCUCCCGCGAGAGCCUGCAGGAGCUGGGCCGCAGCCUGCACGAGUGCACCGAGGACAUGUGGCUGAUCGAGGGCGCCCUGGAGGUUCACCUGGGCGAGUUCCACGUCAGGAUGAAAGGCUUGGUGGGCUACGCACGCCUGUGUCCCGGGGACCAGUAUGAGGUGCUCAUGCGCCUGGGCCGCCAGCGCUGGAAGCUCAAGGGCAGGAUUGAGUCGGAUGACAGCCAGACCUGGGACGAGGAAGAGAAGGCCUUCAUCCCCACCCUGCACGAGAACUUCGACAUCAAGGUGACCGAGCUGCGGGGCCUGAGCUCGCUGGCCGUGGGCGCAGUCACCUGCGACAUUGCCGACUUCUUCACCACGCGGCCGCAGGUCAUCGUGCUGGACAUCACGGAGCUGGGCACCAUCAAGCUGCAGCUGGAGGUGCUGUGGAACCCGUUUGAUAGCGAGAGCCUCCUGGUGUCACCCAGCCCCACGGGCAAGGUUUCCGUGGGCAGCAGGAAGGGCUCCUUGUACAACUGGACACCCCCGAGCACCCCCAGCUUCCGGGAGAGAUACUACCUGUCUGUCCUGCGGCAGCCAGCGCAGCAGGCCUUGCUGCUAGGUGGGCCGAGGGCCACCUCCAUCCUUGGCUACCUGUCUGAUGGCGACCUUCGGGGUCCCGGCCUGCGGAGCCAGAGUCAGGAGCUGCCCGAGAUGGACUCCUUCAGCUCCGAGGACCCCCGAGACACGGAAACCAGCACGUCAGCGUCCACCUCAGACACGGGGUUCCUGCCCUUGGCCGUCGGCCCCAAUGCCUCCAUUGAAGAGGAGGCCCAGGAGGACCCGCUGUCCCUGGGCCUCCUGCCAGACAUGGCCCACCUGGCAGGAGGUGCGUUUGUGGAGCAGCCUGGCUGGAGGAACUUGGGGGCGGAGAGCCCCGACCUGCCACGGGGCCCCCUGUUCCACACCUGCACGAUCUCGAGUAGCCAUAAAGACCCAGAUGAAGAAGCAACCGGGGACAGAGCGGAUGGGCCCGGCAUGGCCCUGGAGAGGCCUCUGCAGGAGGUCCUGGAGUCACUGAGGUCCGCGGACACGGCCCGGCCCCAGCUCCGGGAGCUGGAGUACCAGGUCCUCAGCUUCAGGGACCGGCUGCAGCCCCGGGGAGGCCGGCGGGAGCACGCGUCGGCUGAGAGCCUGACUGCCUGCAUCCUGGAGAGCUUCGCCUUCCUCAGCACCGACUUCGCCCCAGACGAGCUGUCCCUGUUCGAGGGCUCCCAGGGUCCCCGAAAGGACGGGACCCCACCCCCACCGCCAUCACUGAAAGCGUCAUCCGGGGAUCUCACGGCCGGCGCCCCCGAGCUGGACGUGCUGCUCACAGCCCACCUCCACAUCUGCAAAGCUCUGCUGCAGAAACUGGCCUCCCCCAAUUUGUCGAGGAUGGUGCAGGAACGCCUCCUGGAGGAGGUGGCGCAGCAAAAGCAGGUUCUGGAGACGCUUUCUGUCCUGGACUUUGAGAAAGUCAGCAAGGCAGCAUCCAUUGAAGAGAUCAUUCCACAGGCCUCGCGGAGCAAGGGGUGCCUGCGGCUGUGGAGGGCGUGCGCGGGGCCCAGCGGGGUCCUGUCCUGCCCCGCGACGACGCUACGGAACCAGCUCAAGAAAACGUUCCUGCACCGAGUCAGAGGGAAAUACCCGGGACAACUGGAAACAGUGUGCCGCAGGCUCCUGGAGCAGGUGGUCAGCUGCGGUGGGCUGCUCCGCGGGGCCGGGCUUCCAGAAGAACAUACCGUCACCUGGUUCCAGUUUCACAGCUACCUGCAGAGGCACGACGUCUCCGACUUGGAGAAGCACUUCGCCCAGCUCACCAAGGAAGUGACGCUCAUUGAGGAGCUGCGCUGUGCCGGGCAGGCCAAGGCAGUCCGGAAGCUGCAGGGAAAGCGGCUGGGCCAGCUCCAGCCCCUGCCCCAGACCUUGAGAGCCUGGGCGCUGCUCCAGCUGGACGGGCCCCCGCGGGUGUGCAGGGCAGCCAGCGCUCGCCUGGCCAGCGCGGCCAGGAACAGAAGCUUCCGGGAAAAGGCGCUGCUCUUCUACACGGACGCCCUGACCGAGAACGACCCCAAACUCCAGCAGGCCGCGUGCCUGGCGCUCAAGCAGCUAAAGGGCGUUGAAAGCAUCGAUCAGAUCGCCAGCCUGUGCCAGUCUGACCGGGAGGACGUGCGAGCAGCAGCUCGGGAAACCACACUGUCGUUCGGUGAAAAAGGACACCUAGCUUUCGAGAGGAUGGACAAACUUUGCUCAGAACAAAGAGAUGUCUUUUGCCAGGAGGCAGACGUUGAAAUCACAAUAUUUUAAAAAGCCUCAGCUGAUGAGCUCCAACCUGGCAUCUGGUUUUUGCUGCUGCUUGGCCUGGACGUGGUGCCCCAGCUGCGGGCGGGGUGCUGUGCGCUCCUGCGGAAGGGCUGGCCUGGGGCUCCCGCCGCUGACACAGCCCCAGGGCACGAGCAGGGCUUCUGUACGGAAGCAGAAGAGGGAAAAAGGCCACGCACAGCACUUCCGAAGCUGUACAGCCUCAAAUGAGCGCUGGACUUGGGGCUUUGAGCAUGCACCUGACCUUCCCCAGGAUGCAGCGCCGAGCCCAGCACCAGCCUGCCACGCUACAAAGGAGCCAAAGCCAGGCAAGUUGAGGCCCUGAAUAAAAGGCUCCAAGAUGAAUAUGUGACACUGGAGGCCUCCCUGCAUGUCAGCUGGCUCAGCACUUCUGGUUCAAUAAGUACUGGGACUGAGGAGGCCAACAGGCCGGGCCUGCUAAUGAAAGACUGGUGGCUCCAGUCAUCUCAGCAGCAGCCAGCUGUCACCUUGGCGAGCCGGGGAAGGUGGGAAGGCUCAAAGCCAGGGUUUCCACAACCCACACUCUUAACCUGAGCUGCAGCCUGAAUGCCACUGGAGCCCAGGGACAGCAGCUGGCCGAGCGUGGGCCUUACUCACACCGUGUACACCAGCCCCAGAGCCCUGAGCAUCACGGCAGUAAAACCAUUCUUUGGCCAUACACGUCAAAAUUGUGAAACAAGUCGCCUUAGGGCCUAUUAAAUAAAUUGCUCCAGAAGUCAUAAGCUGGUUUGAAGGAAGAUUUCACUGAAGAACAUGUUGCUUUAGAGACAGAAAAUUAUUUCCCUAUUUAAGUCUAUUAAAACAAACCAUAGGCCUGAGCUGUCUGUGUUAAUAAUGUAGAGAUAACCUGGAGUUUGAAUGUUGCCAUCAAAAGUGGGAUUGGAGAACUUUGUAACUUAAACAUUCUCAAACAUCCUGUAUAAACCUA